AGCUUUGCUGACAUUCUGAACAAGCUUUGUAAGGGUUAGGACUGUGUGUGUGCUUCAGGGAUCUUUACCAUCUAAACACACAAUCUCAAACACUUAAGUACUGUUUAAUUUGGUGCAACUUCAGGGUAAAAAACUGCUCUCAAGGGUUGAUUUUAGAGAGAGAGGAAAGUGAUAUAGGUAGCUGGUGUGAUAUCGUUUAUUUCUAACAGGGUAAGGUAAAAAGAAGAGGACAACAAUAAGCAGAAAGGAGGCAAACAUGUCCAAAGCUCUGGUGAGGAGGAACUCCAGCAAACAGGGUUUGCAAAAUCUAAUGAGGCUUACUGCUCAGAGGAGCAUUGAGGAUGCUGAAGAGGUGGAGCGGGAACGUCGCCGAAAAGCUCGGGAAUCUUUACGCCGAAGGAACAGUGGCUCAACACCCGAAAACUCAUCACCAGAAAGCGAGGCACCAGAAGAACGUAAUAUGUAUGAUUGCGAACUGAAACCCAGCAGUUCCCCAUCUCUUGAGGAGGAUGAGGGCUUUAGUGACUGGACUCAACGCAGACAGAAACUAAGGCAGCAGCGUCUGCAGGAGCUCAGCCAUGAUGGUGAAGAGAAGGAAGAUCAAGAAAACGUUUUUAAUGUAGCCAAAAUGGCUGUCCAGGGCCUUUCCAUGCCUUUCAGUCAAGUCCAAAGACAAGAGCAGCAGGAAACUAAGAGUAUCAGAAUGGAGUUGGAGAGGAGAAAAGAACACAAGGAAGAGGCUAGGACAGUGAAGGAGAGGGAAGAAAUAAAGAAGGAUAAAGAGUUCCUAAGCACAAAACAAGAGAUUCAAAGGUCAAGUACAGAGAAACAGGGAGAGAAAAAGCAAGAAGCUAAAGUGUCCUACACGUCCAAGGUUUUCCUUGACCAAGAACCAAAACACUACAGCCCAAGGAGUGACAUGGCCAGUGAGGAAGUCACAUCAUUCGUGAACCAGAUGAACAUAUCCAGCAGAAGAUCUGUGAAGUCAGAGAAGGUGAAACCCUUCCUGGAGGCGGAGCAGAGACUGGAAAAGAUCCGUCAGAGUCUGCACGAGAAGGAGAGUCAAGAGCUGGAGCAAAUAAGACACAGACAGUUUGAGGCCGAGCAGGAGCUGGAUGAGCUGAAGAGGAGGAGGGAGGAGAGACGCCAAGCUCGUCAGGAGGAGGAACGCCAAAGGGAGGAGGAAGAGAAACAACAGCUGGCUAUAGAGGAGGAGGAAAGAAGAAAGAUGAGAGAAGAAAUAGAAAGGAGGAGGAUGGAAGCAGCAGAAAGGAUGAAGAGCCUAAGUAUGUCCAGUGCGGAUGAAGAGGAGGUGUUCAGUCCUUUUUCUCCUAAAAUUUCAACACAUAAGAUCACAGAGAGAACCAAUUCCCUGAACCGUUCGCUAAAAAAAAGCAACAGCUUCAAGAAGACUCAGCCUCUCUUCCUUCUGACCAAGAUUGAUGAUAAACGGGAGCAGUACACUCACGCUGUGGAGAACUCCCAGGAGCCCCGUGCAGCGAAGACAUCGCUUACUGACCUACUCAGCUCCCCAGAGGUUGUUGCCACCAAGAAGAAUCUGUUUGAGGCUGGAGAGGCCUGGAGCCCAAACAAAGGAGUCACAUGCAAGGACACUGGCAGUCUGAAGGUGGGCGUGGCUAACCUUAUCACACAUUGGGUCAAAGGCCCCUCAGAAACCAACAGUAAACAGUUAUCAUGCAGACCGUCCGAUGUGAAGUCUGGAGAUGUACUGCAGAAGACGAACCUGUGGGAAGUACUUGGAGACCCAUCAGGGAGGACUGAACAGAAAGGAAAGCCAACGCCACAUGGUAAAAAGCAUAAAUUUGUUGUCACUGGUCAUGGAAAAUAUGAGAAGAUCUCUGUGGAUGAAUGUGGACAGUUCAGCCAAAAGACAGGUUUAUCCUACAGUGAUUGCUGAGGUACCAUUUCCUCUUCAGUUGCCUUCUUGAUCUCACAACAGCUCUCGUACUGAUGCAACAGCUCUACAGCUCUGUGUUUUCACUAAGUCAGAAUGAUCUUUUCCGACCAUUUCUGGGUAAUACGCAAACAGUACCAAACCCAAGCUGAAAAUUAUUCAUACCCCUAGCAGAUGUGGGUGUAAAAUGAUUUUCAUUUAGCAAGGAAGUUUGGUUACGAUAGGAAAUGAGACAUGCUUCUCUCAAUAAAGAGCAUACAUUUCCAAUGAAAUUUAAAGAUGACUUUAAACCUAAUCUGCUGGGGGUAUGAAUAGGUUUUGGCUUAACCGUACAUACUAAAAAUACAGCCCAAAAUAUUGGACGACCAAAUACUUGUGUGUUGUAUAGUUGUGUGAUGCUCUCUAUAUUUUCUUGUUUUCUGUUUUUGGUAUUAUGUGCCUAUCUAACUGUGAGUUUUAUUUUUAUUUUCUUCUGUUGAGGAGGGUUAUUUUUGAUGUGUAACCAGUAUUCUGAAUUAGCAUGCCAGUUAGUUUAAUGCAAAAUGUUUAUGGUUUGAAUCAUCUACAGUAAAUGGAUCCCACUGAUGUUUGACCUUUUCAACGCUUUUUGGCUUGAGAACAAUCAAAACUGCAAAACCUUUGAACACCAUUACAGUUAAAACCAAAUGUUAUAUGUUACACAUUGUAUAAAUAGACACAAAAUCCUUUAACUGUCUGACAUUAAAUCACAAUAUUUUGUUAUUUAGGUCAGUGAGGGUUACGAAAGUUAUUUCUAUCUGACAAAUGCCAGAAACAUAAGAGAGAGAUUUUUUUUAUGACUUCCUUCUGGUUCAGACGUUCCUUGCAUUUCCUUAAUAUUUGGUAGAAUUUUCAUUUCAACUGUAUGACUUAGAAUAUUUUGGCUUAUCACAAUAAUUUACUGGGAUUUUGUUUGGAAUGUUAUUUGAUGGGGACAUUUUGGCUUCAACAUUAUUCUAUUAAUUUCCCUACUGUCAGAAGUUUAGAUAUUUCUGCCUUUUAUCAAUUUGGGAAAUUUCAGAAGAUGGCGUCUUGGCAUUUUAAGCUUCUAAUUUUGGUCAUAAAGUUUAAAAUUCAGUUUUAUCAAUUACUAAAGAAAUCUAUGUAAAUGUAUGAAUUUGAAGGAACUUAUAAAAAAGCUAUGACUCAUUAUUCUGGCAUUUAGCAACAAUAAAUAAUGUUAGCAAUACUAACUGCCCUAAAACGAAAGUUUAGUCUGAUUUCAUGUAAGACAGUGAGGAAAAAAAGGUUAUGUGUCCUUUUUCUAGAGUGUAUACACAGUUAAGCACACAAUUAUUCAUAGCCCAGAUCCACUCAGAUGUAAAAUUGUAUUCAACCAAUAAGUUUAUUAUUAAUUGAGACACUCUUCUGGCAAAUAAUAGUAAAACAAUGUUACAGAAAAAUUUAUUUAUUUAUUGGAAAAAUGCCAUGUUUAAGAUGAGCAAUCAACCCCAUUUUCUAAUUGCUGACCAGUUUAUGGAAUAUUUCCAGUGGUAUUUGGAUGAUUUAUCUUUGGUGAUGAGUUCCAAGUCUUGAAGUUGGAAAGCCCCUUUGCCAUCACCCUAAUCUUUAGCUCCCUCCACAAAUUCUCUAUGAAUUAUGACUAUGGGGUAAAAAUAAUGUUUGGCUUAACUGUAAAUAACUGGGUUUGACUGUAUAAAGGGAUCAUGCAUACAUCACAGUACACUAGUGACAGCUAUGGUUGUAGGGGCAUUUUUUGUUGUUUUGCAGUCUUUUAUUCAAAUUUGACAUUGUCAUAUUUAACUUAAUAUGUUCACAUCUGAUUACUUAUGUAUGUUUUAGUUCACACAUUCCUUCUUCUCUCUCUCAGUCUGUCUUUACUUUUAUACCAUUUGAAUAAGAUUUUGCUGUUAUGUGUAAGUGUGAAAAUAAUAAAUUAAUUAAUUCAGGA